UUUUCGCAAGCUCACGCCUCCAGUAUAAAUGAGCCGGGCGUGAAGUGUAACGAAUUCAGUAGCAAAUCCCGCUUUUCUGCUUGUCGAGAAGUUGCGCCAGGAUGAACAUCGUCCAAGGUUGCUUCCUUUUCGUCAUCCUUCAAUCAAGCUACACCCUAUCACAAACCGUGUGUCCCGACGCACCCGUAUGCGACGACGGCCAGACCUACAAGCUCGAUGGUUCUUGUAACAAUCUGCUGAAUCCCGUCUUGGGCACAGCUAAUCGACCGCAUGCACGUUUUGUACCGGCCAACUAUGCAGAUGGCAUUUGGGAACCGGCCCACACCAGAUCGGGACGCUCACUACCGAAUGCACGGAAACUGUCGUUAAAUCUCUUCGGUGAAACGGAAUUGCAACAUCCAAGAAAUACGCUCGUUAGUAUGCAGUUCGGACAGUUUGUUGCACACGACAUGAGCUUCACAGCGGAUGCUUUUGGUAUGCAGUGCUGUGCAGAUGGUAAAAUAGUCCCAAAAGAACUUACCUCCUCAAGAUGUUUACCCAUCGAAGUGGCGAAGGAUGAUCCGGUCAUGAGCGAGGAAGGUAUCGAGUGUAUGAACAUGGUACGCACUAAAACGACACUGGAGGAUUCUUGCCUUCCUCAGGAAGUUGAAGUAGCAGAACAAUUAUCCUCCGUUACCGCAUUUCUGGAUCUGUCGGUAGUGUAUGGGAACUCUGUCGAACAGUGCAACAAUUUGCGCACCUUCAGCAAAGGACAGAUGCGGACUCAGGAACGAAAUGGUCAUCAGUGGCUUCCACCACAUCCAAACAGAACAACAGCUUGUAAUGUAAAAGAUGAUUCCGAAGCGUGCUAUCUUAGUGGAGAUGGGCGCUCCAACCAAAGUCCUCACCUGACGUUGAUUCAUCAGGCAUUCUUGCUAGAGCAUAACCGAUUGGCAAGGGAGCUGGCUGAGCUUAACCCAGACUCGGAUGAUGAGGCGCUGUUCGGACAGGCACGUAAGAUUAAUAUAGCGCAGUACCAACGGAUCGUCUACUACGAGUGGUUGCCAAUCUACAUGGGACGACAAAACAUGAUGGCGGCCGGUGUAUUGCCUGAGCUGGAUGAGCGAAACUUUGCCAGGGAUUAUAACAACACCGUCGAUCCUACUGUGGAUAAUGCGUUUGCAACGGCUGCAUUUCGAUUCUUCCACAAUUUAAUUGCCGGCCAUUUGGACUUGGUAGCAGAAUCUAAACAACCUACCGGAUCGAUAAGACUCUCCGAUUGGAUCAACAAUCCGUCGGUACUAGAUAACGAUGAAAAUUACGCGUUACUUUCACGAGGAAUGAUCUACCAACCGCACGAUCGUCCAAAUAUACAUGUUACACCCGAGGUAAAGCACUUUCUUUUCCGUAACGGUGGCAGCGUCGGUGUGGAUCUAAAAGCCAUCGACAUCCAACGUGCCCGCGAUCAUGGACUCGCUUCCUACAACGAUUAUCGGGAGUUUUGUGGUUUAACGCGGGUUACCAGUUGGGAAGAGUUUAACGAUCUGCUGAGACCUGUAUCGGCAUCCUUGUUGCCGCAACAGUACGAAUCAGUGGAUGACGUGGAGCUGACAGUAGCGGGAGCUCUGGAACGGCACUAUGGCGAUGGAAUGCCUGGGGAAACGUUCGAUUGCAUCUUGCUUGAUCAGUUCCGUCGCACUCGUGUUGGUGAUCGAUUCUAUUUUGAAAAUGACGGUAUGUUUAAUACGCGACAACUGCACGAACUUCGGAAAGCAACCAUGGCGAAGGUGUUGUGUGAUAAUACUCACGGACUGAAGGAAAUACAGCAACAAGCGUUCUUCCUGGUCAGUGACGAAAAUCCGAUAGUUUCAUGUGAUCGGCUUUCAGAGGUAAAUUUGAACCGGUGGCUAUAAAACAUUCAUAUCCGUCUGCUGAAUAUACUAAUUCCACUUAAUAAAUUGUAAAGCUUUCAUCUAAAAGUGAUGUUAAUGAUGA